ACAGCAAAAUGCGGAUGGUCCAGUCUUGAGUAGCUUUGUUAAUUGUUCCCAAAUUAACCCUUUCGACUGGGAUCUGGUUGAAAUGACUCGUUAUAAAGAAGAGAAGUGCUUUAUCUAUGAUGGUAAGCGGAUCAAGUGGGUAGAUUCUUUCGAAAUCUUGAAGAUAUUUAUAAAAUGUGUUAUUUGUCAAUCUGGCAAGUGGUUGUCGAGUGGUGGCAAAUACAAGAAUUCGAAAUUUACGAGCUCUAACACUGACUUAAUUCUCACGUGGAACUCUGACUUGGGCAUGCUGUCUUUUAAAGGUAAAGUGGGAGAUAGCUUAGAAAAUCUACUUAUUAAAAUGAGUACAGCGAAAGAAUCUACGCAGACGAACACUUCUGGCUGCUCAACACUGGAAGAACUACAAG